AUGGGCACAAACGCCUCAAGGGAUGCAUCCAAGCCAUCAAAGGAGCCAUGGAGUGAGUUGAGCGCUCCAAAGUCGAGCUCAAGGAGCUCCCCAGCAUCAAAGGAGACUAAAUCCAAACCUGAAAGAUGUGGUGAAGAAGGAGAUAAUGAAACUCUUGGAAGCUGGAGUGAUAUACCCUAUCUCGGACAGUACAUGGGUGAGCCCGUCCACGUAGUUCCAAAGAAAGGAGGAGUGACGGUCAUAAGGAACGAGAAUGAAGAGCUCAUACCCACCAGAACGAUCACUGGCCACCGGAUGUGUAUCGACUAUCGUAAACUCAAUGCCGCGACCAGAAAAGACCAUUUUCCCUUACCCUUUAUAGAUCAAAUGCUUGAACGGCUUGCUAACCAUCCUUACUAUUGUUUCUUAGAUGGUUACUCAGGUUUUUUCCAAAUCCCAAUCCAUCCCGACGACCAAGAGAAGACAACAUUCACAUGUCCAUAUGGAACGUUCGCAUAUAGGCGAAUGCCUUUUGGCUUGUGUAAUGCACCGGCUACGUUUCAAAGAUGCAUGAUGUCAAUCUUCACGGACUACAUAGAAGACAUAAUGGAGGUAUUCAUGGAUGAUUUCUCAGUUUAUGGCACAUCCUUUGAUGCUUGUUUGUCAAAUCUUAGCAAGGUCCUCAAGAGAUGUGAAGAGAAGCAUCUAGUGCUAAAUUGGGAGAAAUGCCAUUUCAUGGUGAGAGAUGGGAUCGUGCUCGGUCAUAGAAUCUCGGAGAGAGGCAUUGAGGUUGACAAAGCCAAGAUCGAGGUAAUGGUGAACUUGGAACCGCCCAAGAACGUCAAAGGAGUAAGAAGCUUCCUAGGGCACGCGGGGUUUUAUAGGAGGUUCAUAAAAGACUUCUCCAAGAUAGCGCGCCCUCUCACUCAGUUACUUUGCAAAGAAGUGGCGUUUGAAUUCAGUGGAGAAUGCCUCGCGGCGUUCAAGAAAAUCAAAGAGGCUCUCAUUAGCGCGCCGAUCGUACAAUCACCGGAUUGGGAGCUUCCUUUUGAGAUUAUGUGCGACGCAAGCGACUACGCCGUUGGAGCUGUGCUAGGCCAAAGGAAAGAGAAGAAACUCCACGUCAUAUACUAUGCAAGCCGGACCCUCGACGAAGCACAAUGCAACUAUGCCACCACGGAGAAGGAGUUAUUGGCGAUUGUCUUUGCAUUCGAGAAGUUUCGCUCUAUCUCGUUGGCUCCAAGAGGAAACGGUCUAUGCGGUCAGCGCAGUACCUAUAUCGAGAGAGGAGACCCACCAAGAGCCACCACGGAGAGGAGAAAUUGCCUUUGGCGCGCUUGGUAUCGUCAUAUAGCCAACUAUCUCGCGGCCGACAUAGAACCUCCGCACUUCUAUGGAUACAAGAAGAAGAAAUUCUUGAAAGACAUCAGAUUUUACUUCUGGGACGAGCCAUACCUCUACAAGAAGUGCCAAGACGGAUUGUUUAGAAAAUGCGUGCCGGAGGAAGAGAUAGCCGGGAUUCUCCAUGGAUGUCACGGAUCAGCUUACGCAGGUCAUUUUGCUACGUUCAAGACAGUCUCUAAGGUCUUGCAAGCGGGUUUUUGGUGGCCUACAAUGUUUAAAGACGCUCAAGCAUUCAUCUCACGUUGUGAUGCUUGCCAAAGAAUGGGGAACAUAAGCAAAAGGAAUGAAAUGCCGCAAAACUUUAUCUUGGAAGUUGAGGUAUUCGAUGUUUGGGGAAUUGAUUUCAUGGGACCCUUCCCCACAUCCUUUGGAGAUCAAUACAUACUAGUAGCAGUGGACUAUGUCUCCAAAUGGGUUGAAGCGCUAGCCGCUCCAACAAAUGACUCAAGCGUGGUGAUCAAAAUGUUCAAAUCGAUCAUAUUCCCAAGAUUUGGAGUUCCAAGAGUUGUGAUAAGUGACGGAGGCUCACACUUCAUCAAUCGGAUCUUUGCAAACCUUCUAAAGAAAUAUGGAGUGCGGCACAAGGUAGCGAGCCCUAUCAUCCACAAACUAGCGGCCAAGUGGAGAUUUCAAACAGGGAAUUGA